AACACAGUGACUCAAAAACCCUCGAGUCCUCCUCGAUCGAAAGCCAUUGUGUAAUCAAAUCGCACUAACAGAUGAGAGGAGCUAUUGGAAGAAGAUUCUCGAACCCUAGCAAUGGCUUUAGCCUUGCCUCCAUAGUCAAGCACACUCCAUUUCUCAUCCAACCUACUUCUCACUUCUCCUCCGACGGCGGCGCUGGCCGUGGCCGUGGACGCGGCGGCGGUUCCGGAUCCCCCGCCGCUGGAGCGGGACAGUUCGGUUUCAAUCGCGAACCGGAAAAAACGAACGAACCGGUUGGUCAAGCACGUGGCUCAUCGCAGUCUCCAGGAGGUUAUGGUCAUGGUCGUGGCCGCCCGAUCCAAUCCGAUCCGAUCUCUCCUCCGUUCUCCUCAUUCGUCAAACCAGAUUCGCAUAGCGUUGGCCGCGGAAGAGGUUCCCUCGGAUCAGACCCCGUUUCCCCUUUCUCUCCUGAGCCUCCUCGCCAUCCAGCUCCUCCACAGCCGCAUCAACCGCGUUUCGAACCGCAUCAACCGCGUUUCGAACCGCAACAACCGCGUUUCGAACCGCAGCAGCAACAGCGUUACGAAACGCAGCAACCGCGUUUUGAAUCGCAGCAACCGCGUUUCGAAACGCAGCAACGGCGUUUUGAACCAGCUAAGGAUGGCUUUCAGGGAAGUCCUCCAUUUGCGAAGCUUGAGGCUACAAAGGAUGCAACUUCGCCGCCACCACCAGGGGCUCCGAACAACAUAUCCAAUGCGUUAGGAAGUGGAGCAGGUCGAGGAAAACCUUUUGUGCAAAAUGAAGACAACCGCCACAUUCAACGCUCUCCUCAGCCUCCGCCGCAGCGUCAGAAACGAGCUCAACCGCCCAAGGAUACAGCUCCACGACCCCAACUGAGUCCGGAAGAAGCUGGGAGGAGAGCAAGGAGCCAGCUUUCCCGCGGCGAAGCCGCCGAAGGAGGAGGCGGCGGUGUGAGGGGAAGAGGAGGAGGCAGGGGAAGGGGGAGAGGAGCGAGAGGGAGAGGCAGGGGGAGAGGUGGUGAAGGGUGGAGAGAUGAUAAGAAAGAAGAGGAAGCUGAACAGGAGGCUUUGAGUGUAUUCGUUGGAGAUAAUGCUGAUGGAGAGAAGUUUGCUAAGAAGAUGGGAGAUGAGAUUAUGGCACAGUUAGCUGAUGGUUAUGAGGAUAUCUGCGAAAGGGCUUUGCCUUCUACUGCUCAUGAUGCCUUGGUGGAUGCUUAUGAUACUAAUCUCAUGAUUGAGUGUGAGCCAGAGUAUUUGAUGCCUGACUUUGGAUCAAAUCCUGACAUUGAUGAGAAGCCACCAAUGCCUCUGCGUGAGUGUCUUGAGAAGGUGAAGCCCUUCAUAGUGGCUUUAGAGGGGAUCAAGGAUCAAGAAGAAUGGGAGGAAGCAAUUGAAGAAGUGAUGGCGGAAGCUCCCCGUAUGAAACAGAUUGUUGAUCACUACAGUGGUCCUGAUAGGGUAACUGCUAAGAAACAGAACGAGGAGCUCGAUAGGAUUGCUACAACACUUCCCCAAAGUGCACCUGAUUCUGUGAAACGAUUUGCAGAUCGUGUUGCUCUUAGCCUCAAGAGUAAUCCUGGGUGGGGAUUUGAUAAGAAGUACCAGUUCAUGGACAAGCUCGUUUUGGAGGUGUCUCAGAACUACAAAUAGAGAGAGAACUUAAGGUUUCAAAAACAUUCUUAAAAGCUUAAUCGUCGCAACUAAGUUUAGAUUCGAAUGAAGAAUCUUGCCUCUACUUGAACAAUAGUUUGGCCUUUGAAAGGUCUCGCCUUUCACCUUUUUUUCAUUAUACGUUGUCAAGGUUUUCCAUAAUAAUGGCAUUGUUCUUUCGAUUUUGUAACUCCAGAGAUCGUUUUCCUAAAUAUCAAGUUUUGUUUGCACA